GCACGUGGGCGUGUGCAUCGCAGCUGUAAACAUGAAAGUGAUCGUGGGGGUCUUGACACGGUAGCGCGGUCCGAGCUCCCUUCAGACGGAGUAGAAUGUGUCGCGCCGCGCUCAAAACAACGGGAUUCAAGGACGAAACGAUUCCCGGAGCCGAACGCUUAAUUUUGUGACCCCGCGCUGCCUCGAUCGCGUCUUGUUGCCAACGCUACUUGAAUUGUUAGCGUCGUUCGCUACCUCGGCUGACGACGUCCGUCUCCGAUUACUCCCCUGCACUGCUCGCUGUCGAGCGGUGGAAUGCGCCCGAAAUGGCCAGCGACAAAGGUGACUGCAGCGGCGGAGACGGCGGUGACAACGUGAUCGCGCUCUUGAGCGAAGACGGCAGCACUGCCAGUGGCGAGCCGUCUACCGUGCCCUCGUCCGCGCCGGCGACGGCACCGACUGCGUCGUCACGGACCGCUGCACCCAGCAUUCAAUUGUGCGGAUACCUGAACAAACUGAGCAGCACGAGUCUCGUCAAAGUCUACAAACGCCGCUGGUUUGAGUUCGUCGAGACCAACUGCAAGCUGUACUACUAUCGCGAGCCCGGCGAAUCGAACCCCAUAGGCGAGAUCGACGUCAAGUCGGCGAGUUUCUACCUCGACGUGACCAACUGGGAGAAGCCGGGCGUCUUUGUGAUCCGCACGCCUCAGCGGCAGUAUCACUUGGAAGCCAAAGACCGCCAGGCGAGUUUGUACUGGUUACAAGAACUGCAGCGGUAUCGCCGAGCAUACAGCCUUCAGAGGAAUCUCAACCUCAAGCACAGCCGCUCUGUCUCCGACACAUGUUCAUCCUCGCAGGCAACAAGUGGACUUCUGCACAAGAAGCCGCCGCAGGCCGAGGAAGUGUCCGAAAACGACGAGUCUGACCGAGGCCUGCUCUUAUCUCCGGUCGAGUGCCCCACGACCGUUGUGGGAGAGCACAUUGCCGUGCAGUCGCCUCCAGCUCCCCCUGCCUCUUCCGUGCUCUCCAACUUCAGACAAUCAUUUCAAAAGAAGCAACGAUCUCUGAGCGGCGACGACGGAAAGGUGGAAGGACUGAGCCACUUCUACACCGGAGAAGAGGAGGACAGUUAUGAGUACGAAGACUAUGACAUUCCAUCGUCGCCUACCAAGCUGAAGUCGCCGGCCGUUUUUACCUCUUUCAAGAAAAAGCUGCAGGAAUCCUUUCGGGCUCGGCCCAAGGUGGAAGCUGAGAUGUUCGCCUCGGCACCGCCAAUUCUGCGAAAGCUUCACGAAGGGGUCUGCUGCAAGUGCAAAGAGCUGGAACGAGAAACAAGUGCCUUACGGGACGAGCUCCAGUGUAAAGAUGACGAACUGACGGCAAGCAAGGAAGUGAUAAAAGUCCUCCGACAACAGCUGGACCUGGGAAGCAGGGAACAGGAGACCCUCAUCAAGCUAUAUGCGAAUUCAAGCAAUGAAAACUACACGCGGAUGCUCCACGAGAAGGACAAGCUUCUUCUCGAGCUCAGAAAUGAGCUUUACAUGUGCAAGCUGCAACUUGAAAGCACGCAGAACAGGCGAUGUUCUGUGGAGAGGGAACUUGAUGAUUUGAAAGACCAAAGCUCCCUGUACCAGGAAGUGCUGAAAGAAAAAGACAGGCUUCUGAUGUCGCUCACCAACGAGCUGCACGACAUUGAGGAAGAGAAAAAGGAAGAGCAGGCCACCAUAAUGCAGGCUGAGCAGGCGGAAGAGAACGCCUGUCGAGUCCAGAUGGCAAAGAUGGCUGAGGAGAUAGAGCAACUCAAGGAUGCAGUCGCAGCAUUCCAUGUGCAGAACAAAUUUCUCAACAAGGAAAUUCUCGAACUGAAUGAACUUCGAUGGAACUCGGAGGAGAGAGAACGGCAGCUCAUCAUAAAAUGCUCAAACGCAGAAGCUAGGCAUUACCAGACUCAGAGCAAGCUUCUCUUCCUUCUCAAAGAGCUCAACAGCCCGCAGGAAGGUGAAGCCGGUGUCCAAGCCAUUGUGAGUCAGCUUCUAGAAGAAGCCAUGCAUGACCCCACUGUUCCUAAGGAGGUGCAGGAAUCUUUCCAAACUAGUGACGAUGUCUACGACUCGUACGGGUUCAACCGAAAAUGGGGCAAGGAGUGCGACGUCGUCGUCUCCAAGGCAGAGAACCUGAAGAGAAAGUCCGAGCACAUCUCGAGCACCAUGCAGGACCCACUUCAGAUCUCGUGGCGAGUGAAAUGGGAGAACUACCGAGCCAACAUCAUCCCUGGACGAGCACUCCAAAAGACACCAGAGUUGAAGGCUCUCAUACGCACAAGCAUUCCUCAAGAAUUCAGAAGCCAGAUGUGGAAAGGGUGUGUCGAGUUCCAUGUUGGCCAGGAAAGAGCAGAGAAAGGUCCUGGGUAUUACGAAGACUUGGUGAUGUCCCCGCCUUUAACUAAUACCUGUGACCCCGCUGUAAAGCAGAUUGAACUCGACCUGCUGAGAACUUUGCCAAACAACCGGCAUUACGAAACUCCCGAUGCUCCAGGAAUCAAUCCUCUUCGUCGAGUUCUGCUUGCCUACAGCAGAAGGAAUCUCAUAGUAGGAUACUGCCAGGGUUUGAACAGGCUGGCAGCCAUCGCUUUGCUCUUCAUGUCCGAAGAGGACGCGUUCUGGUGCCUUGUCGCCGUCGUUGAGUACAUCAUGCCGCGCGAUUACUACAGCCGCACUCUGGAGGCCUCUCAAGUGGAUCAGCGAGUCCUCAAGGACUUGAUGGCCGAAAAGCUGCCCCGCCUCAGCGCCCACUUGGAAGCUAACAAAGUGGACCUGUCCCUGUUCACCUUCAACUGGUUCCUCACCGUCUUUGUGGACACUAUCCCAGCCGAGACGUACCUCUACAUCUGGGAUGUGUUUCUCUACGAGGGAAACAAGGUCCUCUUCCGCUUUGCCCUUGCGAUCUUCAAAAUCUGCGAGACGGAAAUCUUGGCUCAGGAGGACUAUAUGGCCAUCAACCGCUACCUGCGAACCAUGUCGGAGAGGAUCACCGACAUCCGACAGCUCGCUCAGGUUGCUUUUGGUGACCUGAAUCCAUUCCCGAUGAGAGUGAUCAAUGCCAAGCGGGUACAGCACAUGCAAGCUGUCAAGGAACAGCUGCGGAAGUUGGACGAAAUACGCAACUCAUUACCAACAAGGAAGGUGCAGGAGUGCAGCAGUCCAGUGUCAUCCGAUGAUCCGUCGAAGUAGACCGAACGGCUGAGACUGUCCUGCUGUUGGCGUCGCAUCACGAGAAUCACAAGUGCCAUCAAUUGUCGUCUGCCAGAAUCAAUGACAUUGUAAUGCCUUAUGACCAAGACCAAGACGUUGUGAAAAGGCUGUCGUCGAUUGAAUGUGAUAAUUUUUUUAAAGCCACCCAUCUGCUUUAUAUGAUUGUGCGCUGUAUGCUGUUGCUUAAUAACACCAAUCAAGAAGAGUAAGGAGGCUUCCCCACGAUAUGCCUCAUUGGCUUCUAUUUUAAUGGAACCUGCAAAGCAUUGUGAAAGCUGUGGUUAGUGCUAGCUAGUCAGUGGUAGGGGUGUGUGAAUGUUAAAAUUUUCUAAGUGAAUAGAGUAUGAAAAAAAAAAAAAUGUCCUUCAAUUCGCAAUGGGAAUUUGGGAUAAAACAAUUUUUUUUUUUCUUUUUUCACAUGCAGGAACAAGGAUACAAUGGACAAGGGAAAAAUUGGCUGAUAUAUAUAUUCCUUUAAGCAAAUUCUUUUUAUGUAGAUGUAAACUAGUGUACGCUCCGCUGCUUUAAAAUAUUCAAGUGAAUACUAUUGAAUCAAAUGUUUUUUAGAUAAAGGAAUGUGGACAUAAUGGAAAAAACGGAAUUUGUUGAUUAACGUUCCUUAAAGCUGAGCUAGCAGGUCAGGGUCACUGUACAUUACAAUGCAACACAAGAGUGGCUAUAAAAAAUUUCUAUUGCAUCAACCUUUUAUGUGCCACUCUUGUAGCUAGCCUUCGCUUGUAUUCAUGAUCCUCGUUCAGGCUUUAGUAAUCAUACUGCGCCCGAUACUUAGCCAAACAAAUAUAUUGUCUGAUUUUAUGAUAGAAUAUGAAUGAAAUAGCAGAAUGCAGAUUGUCUGCACAUCUCUACUAGUGAUAAGGGACCAAACGUUAAAGCUGUAAAGGCUUGUGAUUGGAUGACAUCCUGGCUACUGUUAUUGGCCAGGAAACUUGGUGUUGGCCGCUCACAAUCAUUUCUCUAUGUUCAAGCUGUCUCUAUAGUUUGGCCCCUUAUUGGCUGGGAACUGCUUGCUAGCUUUCACAACGCUGUGUAGUUUUAACAUUGCUGAAAUAGGUACGCGCAGUGUGUCUUUUUACGUGCAAUAUGUAUGUGUACUACUCAAGAUCACUUUGUGUGCAUUUUUCGAAGUGUGCUCAACACUUACUGGCACACUGUUUCGUUGACAAGAACUUUGAUGAUAUGUUUGGCGAUGCAGCCAUGCCAGUAAGCCAACCUACUGUAUUUUUCAGAGGUGCGUAUUGUUGCCUUACGUUUUUGCACUUUUGAUACAAGGCUACGACUUACAUACUAUGGAUAGCGAGCCCAAACACAUGACAAUGCUUGCACGUAAUCAUUUAUCAAACAUAAUUACGACCUCUGGAAAUGGUGCAGUCUUAGAUUUAUGUUAACGUAUGUACUGGCAUAUCAUAGAUGAUGCUGGAAGCAGAAACAUUGAUAGCGCAUUUCAAUCUAAGGUGGUGAAAAGACAGUUUAUGUAUUAGUAGUAGAAUGCUCGCAAAUACAAUAUAUUUUAAGAGCUGUAUAUCGCAAGCAAGCACUGCUACUUAGAUGUUUAUGAGCCUAGGCAAUAUUCUAACACAGCACAUGAUUUAGCAAAUGCAAGCAGCCUGCAUGCUGUUUUGCUUGAACAAAACUUAAAAUUACUUUGUAAUGCACUCUGUGUUGAUGGUGGAAGCAUGUUUUAAUACUAACUGUAAUGAAUUUGUGCAUUGCAAAUACCGAGUCUUGGUCUGUGAUAUAUUGACGCCUUAUUCCAGAAGUGUUAAUCUUAACUUGUCUUUUUUUUACAUAUUAACAUGAACAGGGCAAAUUAAUCUUCAUUUGGAAUGCUAAUUUCAAGCACUGAACUCAACAAUGCAUACAUUUUAUGCUCAAUGACAAAUAAUGCGCAUCUAGAAGUGCCUUGGGCAAGAACGAGAUGUUUUCUGCAUGCAAAUUGCUACCUUUGUGUCAUAGUUUUCUUGCUAAUAGCGCUCUUAAUUGCAUAUAUCAUUCCAUAUAAAAAAAAUUUACGAGCAAGAAAGCACCGACGUAUAUUUACUUACUUUCCUGCAAGGCUUUGCUAUAUACUUAGUCGACAUAUAGAAUGACCUUAUUUAAAUAUUGAAGAUAACAAUCUGCUAGAUAUAUAAAGAAUGACUGCUUCAAAGGCAUGCAAUAUUAACACCACCUUAAAAGUGCUGUGUAAUAUUUUUGUAACAUAACAGACUAUGCUCUGCACUUUCUAUAUUUUUUGUUCUUUUGCUCACAGAGACCCUGUGUGGGCUUGCUGAAUUGUAUAACACUUCAAGAACAAUAAAUAUGAAUUUCUAUAUCUGA